UUAUUUAUAUAUUUUGAAACUAAAAUCGAUGUUAUAUGUGAUUUUUUUUCAUAGUGGUCCUAGUUAAAUUUUAUUGCGAUGUCAACGUCGCUGAACCUUGAUGUGAUCGGAGUGAUUUGAAUGAUAAUUUUUUUGUGACACACGGCCAAAAAAUAUUCAGCUCAAUUCUUCAAUAAGUUAUUUGUCAGACAAAAAUUAUAUUGGGUGCUGCAAUUCGGUUAUAGAUUUGUGUAUCAGCCUGUUCAGUCAUUACGCUUUGGUUGUUUAGGACUGUUCCAAACUAGUUCUCAACUAGUACUAUUAAUAUCCAAAGGUUAGUCAAUUUUUAAACAAUGUUAGUCAAUAUUGGCUAUGCGUCAGAAAUGUGUCUUGAACCUCUGACAGAUUGAUUAUUGUUGUUGACGAAGUGUCCACUGUUGAUCAUUAAUUGAUCAUUUUAAUAAUUUCAUUCAAUUUCAAUACAAAUUGUAUUACAGAUUAUUCAACAAUCCAAACAACCAUCAAGAAUAACUUAAAGCUACGUUGCCUGUGCUACAUUCAUAGAACAUUCAUUUUUGUUUGAGAUGGACGCAGAGUUUGUGGUCAAGGAUACAUGUGGUUAUGACUCAAAUAAUGAUGAGGUAAAAUCAUCUACUAGACGAAGUGUUGAAAUGGACUUGGUAGCUUAUGAUUCAUCUCCUCGUUCAAACGGAUCUAAUCAUAGUACCAACAAUGAACAAAGUGUAGAUACUUCAAAUAAUAAAACUAACUGGUAUAAAUCUGUAGAUUCAUUUCUGGAUACUGAAAAAAGUAAAGAAAGAGGCAGAAGUCGAGAUCAUAGUCAAAAAAGUAAACAUGAUAAAAGUUCGAGUAGACAUGGUAGUAGGAGACAUAGUAAACAUAAAAAGCACCAUAGGUCAAGAUCAAGAAGUAGGUCUAGAUCUAGAUCUCGGUCUAGAUCUCAAAAACGAAGAAAUAGAUAUUCUCCAGGUGAUCGUGACUCGCAAACAAGUCAAUAUAGUAGUGAUGAAGAACGUCGAAAACGUCGUUCAAGAAGCCUUGAAGGUUCUGAUGGGCCUAGAGUUAGAAAUAUAUACUCAGAUUCAGCUACUACUAGUACUCGACGCCACUAUAAUACUGUAGACACAAGAAGAAGUCAAGAUGGAUCACAAGAAUAUUAUCGUGAAGAAGAUUUUGAUAGAUACACAUUUAAAAAACAAAUUCCGAAUAAAACUAUUAUUGUCCGUGGCUUAGCUCCCCAUAUAUCAGAAAUUGAUAUAAGAAAAGAGAUAUUAAAAUGUGGUCUUACACCUGUUGAUAUACGUCUGAUUAGGAAAAAAGAUACCGGGUCAUCUCGUGGGUUUGCAUUUGUAGAAUUUUUUACAAAAGCAGAAGCUGAGACACUUAUGGAAAGUAAACAAGGUGAAAUGAUGUUGAGAGAUAAUUUUAGAGCAAUCAUGCAGUAUACUAUUUCUACAAUUGACCCUGAAAAAAUGUUAUCUGAUUGGUGGUGUAAAUGCAAUGCUCAUAACUUUAAGCGUAGAGAAAGUUGUUUUGUAUGUGGAGCUUCAAGAGAAGUAGGAGAAAUAUUUGAUCACACAAAAGAAGUCAGUUCUUAUCCUACACAUACAGUUUUACUUAGAGGGCUAGAAUUGCUUACAACUGAAGAAAAUGUUCUUAAAGCUAUACAACCACUGUCAACACUGCCUAUUCGAAGUGUUCGAAUCGGUCGAAAUCCAUUGACAAAUGUCUCUAAAGGUCUUUGCUACUUAGAAAUGAACAAUGUGGUUGAUGCUAUGUACCUCCAUAAUGCAUUAAUUGUAGAAGAUCCAUUGCUUAUCGAUGGAAAAGAAGUUCUUGUGUCAUACUGUAAACUUGGGCCAGUCGGACCAAUAGCUACUGCUUCAAUGGGUAAUGCUGCAGUUGAAGCAGCUAAAUGGAGCAAUCAGAAACCAGAAACUCCAAACUAUACUAUUGCUGAUGUUCCUAGACUUGCAGAAUUUAGUGCAAAUAUUUAUGCAAAAACUCCUAUUGAACGAACUUCGUAUGUACAAUAUUAUACUAAUUUUUAUACUGAAAAAAUACAAAAGGGAGAGACUAUUAGUAUGCCGUCUGUACCAUCUGUGCAACCUAUUUCAGCUGUUUAUGCACCUGUUGGAACAGUUGUUAUUUCACAAACUGUUCCAGCUUUUCCAUUACCUAUUACUAAUAAAGUUGAUUCUUUAAGUCAACCUCCAUCUGGGAAAGGAGAUAUCACAUAUUCUCCACCUGAUUUAUCUACUUAUCAAUAUGACAAAGCAUCUGGUUAUUAUUAUGACCCAUACACUAAGCUCUAUUAUGAUGCAAACUCACAGUAUUAUUUUAACAGUUUUACAAAUAGUUUUCUUUAUUGGGAUGCUACAAAACAAACUUAUUUAUCAGCGCCUUCAAAUGAAAAUUCAAAUUCUAAUGGAAAUAACAUCAAUAACGAAUCUAAAAAAGAAGAGCCUCUUGUAGAAGAAAAAAAAGAUGAUGACAAAGUAAAAGUAGCAAAACGUAUUGCCAAGGAUAUGGAAAAAUGGGCAAAAACAUUAAAUCAAAAAAAGAUUUCUGCCAAACAAAAUUUAGUAGCAGCCCAAGUUGCAAUACAAACUGCAAAAAAUCAAGCUGCAGCAGACAUUGGGUAUUCUGUAAUGGGCACUAAGACAGAACCUAAAAAACAGCAAUUUCCAGUUGCUUCCACAUCUGAUGAUACUAGUUACAACGAUGAAAUUAUGGAAGAAGCCAAUCGAAGCGAAGAUGAACAACAUACUGAUUGGGUUAAACUUGCUUGUUUAUUAUGUAAACGACAGUUUAGUAGCAAAGAAAUAUUAAUAAAACAUCAACAAAUGUCUGACUUACAUAAACAAAAUAUUAGAAAUUGGUACAAUGAGAGAGGAUUAGAUCCAGAUGAUGAAUCAAAACGUGUUAUUCAAUAUAGAGAUAGAGCAAAAGAAAGAAGGAUGAAAUAUAAUGAGCCUGAUAAACCUUUAAACAACUUAAAAGACAAGUACAUGAAGGCCAAAGAAGCUACUGUAGAUUAUGAACAACCAACUAAAUUGGGUAUUGGAUCAGACAACAAAGGUAACAAAUUAUUACAAAAAAUGGGUUGGCAAGAAGGAAUGGGAUUAGGUAAAAGUAAUCAAGGACGAACAACUAUAAUAGAAGCUGAAGGUAGAUUAGCAAAUGCUGGACUAGGUACUAGGGCUGUUGGUGUUGUUCCAGGCCCUCGUGAAACAUACAAAGAUUGUGUGAAGAAAAUGAUGCGUUAUAGGUAUAACGAAUCAGAGUAAUUUAACAGGUAAAGAUUGAGAUUAUUUAUCAUGUAGUGUUUUUCCAAUAGGCAAAAGUUAUUUUAAUAUAUGAUGUACCAAUCU